AUGGUGGUUUUCUCCAUUACCGAUUUCAAAAUGUUGAGAAAUAAGGAACUGCGUGAGUUUGCUUUCACAGGAGACAGUGCCUUCCGGAAAGAUCUCUCAAAUAAACGUAAGGCUCUUGAUUUUAAGGUCGAUGAUGGAGUGCAAUUAGUUGGUGCGAAUAGGGGAAAGAAGAAGAACGAAGAAAAUGAAAAACCAAGAUCCAAUGGAGAAACCAGCGAUAGCACCGAUCUCAUCGGACGGCUCCCAGACGAUUGCCUCACAGAGAUAUUCCGCUUCCUCCCCGUCCCACUAGACCACUCCCUAUGCGCCAUGGUUUCCAAGAAAUGGCUCCUCUUACAAGCUCAGAUGCAUGCCUUUCGGUUCACACCCACCAUGCACGAGCCCACUGUAAAUGCGAUGGUGACCACCUAUGAUGUGCUCGAGCCGUGGCUUAGCUAUGAGCUCGGUGAACGACCGGGCUACUUAACCCGGCGAUUGGAGGGCAAGAAAGCAACAGAUACUCGCCUCGCUGCCAUAGCAGUGGGAACACAAGCUCGUGGUGGUCUGGGUCGCCUUUGCAUACGCGGUGGCCGGCCAUCGGAUGCCGGACUUCGGCUCAUUGCUCUUUCAUGCCCAGGCCUCGAAAGCCUAUCUCUUUGGGAAUGUGGCUCUAUUGGGGAUGCGGGAUUGGAGGCCAUUGCCAUGGGUUGCACGCUUCUGAGGAAGCUAGACCUUCGUAACUGCCCACUUGUUACAGAUAAAGGCCUUGUGGCCAUUGCAAAGACAAGCUCUAAUCUGUCCAGCUUGACAUUGGAGGCGUGCCCUAAUGUUGGUGAUCCAGCCCUCGAAGCCACCAGUAAGUGCUCAAAUAAUAUCAAAUCGCUCUCGCUGAAUAAUUGCCCAUGCAUUGGAGAUGAAGGGCUACGCUCCAUGGUUUCCAGGCUCCAGAAGCUCAAGAAACUAAAAUUAACUCGACUGAAACUGAGUGAUAAAGCCUUCGAAGCCAUUGCCAAGUAUUGCAGCUCCUUAACCAGCUUGACUCUGACGGGCAUUUUGGGAAUCCAUGAAAGUUCGUUCCUUGCAAUUGGGCGAGGGUGCCUAAAUUUGGAGAGUGUCACUAUAAAUUACUGCCCGCCGCUAGACGAUAGCGGUCUAUGGGGCCUGACGCAAACCUCUAGUUGCAUCAAAACAGUGCGGAUCGAGGGAUGCGACACCGUUACUUGGGGUGGCGCCGCCGCUCUCCUCUCCAAUCUCCACCACACCAUCAGAUUCUUGUCCAUUUCUCGGUGCAACGGAAUAAAAGACCCCCCUCCUAGAGCCCCAAAAUUACCUUUUUGCCCCAGGCUCCUCUCCUUGGCCAUACGAAACUGUACGGCCCUUGGGGACAGCUUCCUCUCAUGGAUUCGAGACGCGUCUCCGGCAAUAAAGCGUCUAGAUUUAACAGGGCUAACCAUGGUGACCAACCUGGGGAUCAUGGCUUUAUUGGAUGUGAGGAAGGAGGUGUGGACGGAGGUGAGCUUAAGUGGGUGCGCGCGGGUCUCGGAUGACUCGGUCGUGGCUCUGUGCAAUGGCUGUGGCGGUGGGAUCAGGACGUUGAGCCUAGACGGGUGCGUCCAAGUUGGUGAUGCUAGCCUAGAAGCGAUAGCGAGGUUAUGCACCUGCAUCAACGAUCUAGACCUGUCCCAAUGUGCGGUUAGUGACCUGGGGCUAGAGUUUUUGGCACGAAUGGGUUGCACGAGUCUGAGGAUUUUCUCUCUUUCGGGGUGUUCGCGAAUAAGCAAUGGGUGCAUGUCUUUUCUCAAGGAAGUGGGCGCGGGCUUGGUGGGAUUGAAUUUGAUGCAUUGUGGUGGCUUGAGCCGUAUGGCCAUAGAGAGGCUCAAGGGGAGUCUCUCGAAAUGCGAUAUAGCAUCAUAG